AUGGAGCUGUCUGGAUACAGGGAGGGCCCCAUCGAGCCCCCACCCCCCUCGCCUGAGCCUGGGAGCAAGGUCAGGUGUGAACGGCAGUGGCCACCACUAGAUGCGCCAGAGGGAAGUGCGGAGAGCGAGCGGCGCCCGCUGGGGCGCCUCGACAUCAUCAUGAGACCAAGUUCUGCUACUGGAUGUUUUUACCACAGGUCCAAUUGCUUUGGGUACUUUCAGAAACUGAGGAGUUGGUCUGAUGCUGAGCUGGAGGUUCAGUCAUAUGGAAAGGGAGCCCACCUGGCAUCUAUCCUGAUCAAGGAAGCCAGCAUCAUAGCGGAGUACAUAAGUGGCUAUCAAACAAGCCAGCCCAUAUGGAUUGGCCUGCAAGACCCACAGAAGAGGCAGCAAUGGCAGUGGAUAGAUGGUGCUUUAUAGUUAUACAGAACCUGGUCUGGCAAGUCCAUGUGUUGGAACAAGCACUAUGCAGAGAUGAGUUCCAGUCACAAUUUCUUACCUUGGAACAACAAUGAAUGCAACAAAUGCCAACACUUCCUGUGCAAGCACAGACCAUAA